ACGUGACGCUACACGGAAGUGACGCGGGGUGCUCAAAAAGAGUUAAGCAAAGCAUCUGGGAACAAAACACCAGCUAGCUAAAUUUCAUUUAACAUCGGAGGACGAGAAGAAGGGACGAACGCGCGGUCAAUCCAGUAGACACAACUGUGAUAGACGGUCAAAAUGAAUCCAGUUUACAGCCCUGCACCAACAGGGGUCCCUUUUACCAACACUAAGGGUAUAGGCUACCCAGGUGCCUAUUCUGCCUCAACUGGAUUCCCUGUGGGCUAUGCAACUGCUGCCCCAGCUUACACUCCCAGUAUGUAUGCAGGAGGAAACCCAGCCUUCACCAGUGGCUACGCUCCUGGGACUCCUUUCAAAAUGUCCUGCUCUCCCAACACGGGGACUGUCCCACCGUACUCCUCCUCACCAAACCCCUACCCUGCUGCUGUUUACCCAGUCAGGAGCACCUAUCCCCAACAGAACCCCUACGCACAGGCAUUAAUACCUUCACAACAACAAGGUGCCUACUACACGCAGCCGCUGUACGCCGCUCCGCCUCAUGUUAUACAUCACACGACGGUGGUGCAGCCCAACGGGAUGCCCGCAGCUAUGUAUGCCCCGCCUAUCCCUCAAGCACGCCCCAACGGUGUUGCCAUGGGGAUGGUGGCUGGCACGACCAUGGCCAUGUCAGCCGGAACUUUGUUGACGACUCCGUCACCAGCGCCGGUUGCCCCCCACACGGUCACAAUGCCCACGUACCGGCCCGCGGGCACCCCCAGCUACAGCUAUGUGCCUCCACAGUGGUGAAGGGACUGAAACGUCGGAAGACGGUAGAUAUGCAUUCACACUCUGCUCCAGUGUUUUUUGCUCUUGGUGAUUAGCUGCCCCCCCGGCAGCGUCUGCAGCCAGUUACUCUUCUUCCAGCAUAAUGUGAAUCUAGAAAAAAAAAAAAAAAAAAAAAAAAAAAAAAAAAAAAACAACUCCAUAGAAAGAGGCUUGUAAUGAUUAGGAAGGGGAUUAAUAAUAGGCCCAUCCCCAUAAUCCCCCCCACACACUCUUAAUGGCAUAACUAACCCCUCCCUCCUUCCAGUGCCAGCACCUCUACAGCCUGCUGCAUAUCUCACAUCAAACUGCAAAGCCUCCAUGCAACAUUUUAGUGGACUGUCAUGCAGGUUUUAUAGCUUCAACUCUUAAGUGGUGAACAGGGAGGUUUUUUUUUUUCACUUUUUUUUAAAAAUUCUUGUUUAUUCUUAUUUGGGGGACACAUAAGAUGUUGAAUGCAUGUGUAUAUAUAAAUAUAUGAAGUAACGCUAGCUCAAUCUACCUGCUGUGACAGAUGCAAAGUCAACAUAAAGGCACACGUCCAAAGGAACUAAGGAAAAAGAAACAAAAAAAUAAAUAAAUAAAAGAAGUAAUAAUCUGCAAUGCUGAAUCACCAGUGACCAUGUCAUAAAUGUGAAAGAAGAAAAGA